AUGAAGUUCGCAAUCUUCCUCAUAAUCUCUUCGGCCAUCAUUGGCGUACUCACCAACUCUUUCAACGAGCGUGCUAUCAAGACCGACAUGGUUGCCGAAAACGUCUACACCACCGUCUUCACAACCCUUUUCGCAGAGCCCACAGCCGCGCGACAUGACCGACAAGCUGCCCAUUCUGCCGUGGCAACCUCAAGCAAGCCGAGCGAAUCUGCCUCAUCCGACAGUAGCUAUAUCCCGUCCGACUAUGCCAAGAACAUGAUUGAUGCCCACAACAGCCAUCGUCGCAACCACUCCGCUACGGCUCUGACCUGGUCCGAUGAGCUUGCGGACAUCGCUCAGAAGAUUGGCGAAUCUUGCGUAUACGCUCACGACACAAAGACCGGCGGCGGUGGAUAUGGACAGAACAUCGGUGCUGGUAUCAUUCCCUCUCGUGGUGCUGCCAUGAUUACCAACUAUAUGUACAACGGUGAGUUCGACCUGUAUCCUGGAUAUGGCAGUGAGCCGAACAUGGAACUGUUCGAGAAGUGGGGACAUUUUUCCCAGAUCGUGUGGAAGAAUACUUCACAGGUCGGUUGUGCUACCGUCCACUGCCCCGGCGGUCUGGCCAACACAGGCAACAAUAUCAGCCCGCACUUCACCGUCUGCAACUACAGGCCUGCUGGUAAUCUCGCAGACCUGUAUACCGACAACGUGCUCCAACCCAACGGCGAGGACAUGAUUACCUUGUGA